CUCCUAUUUCACAUUCGCAUCUUUUUCUCCGAAUCUACAUUACAAGACCAUAAUUGCCCUAAUUUUGACUUCUAUUGAGUUCCAAAGGUAUUUCCCCAAUUGAUAUAUUCCUUCGAGCACCUCACAUUGCAAUAACGUUCUCAAUUUUGCAGGUGACUUUAGCUUUCUCAUACUUUUGCAGAAUGUGAUGAAGUUGAAUUUUAUUUUCUUUCGAUCUUUUUAACUUUUAUUUUCAACCAAAAUUUCUUUGUUUUGAAAAAUCGGUGGCUUAUAUCUAUCUGCUUGUUGUAUGUGGGCGUUCACGAUAGUCAAAUCUUGGUACAUCCUAACUUCCCCUUUUGAGGUCCGUUUGUGUUUUUGGCAAUCGGUCGUAUUUUGACUGAUUGCCAAGUAACAUAUGACUGCCGAGAGUGCUUUAAAGCCUAGUAAAGCCUUAGUCGGAGUAAAUGGAGUCCGUUUGGUCUCUAAUUUGCCGUUUACCUUCCAAGAGAUAAAACAACAUGGGAAUCUCAAUGAGUCGUCUUGUGGAUCAUCCCAUUCUAGGAGCAGCCAAAGGCUUAUUGUCCAGAAGGUCUGGCAUCAAAGACCUGCCUGUUUGAGGCCCAUUCACUGUAACCAUAGUGGUGAUAAAAGCAUUACUGAAACAGUUGUAAAUGUUCUGACUUCACUUCCCUUUAUUGUUCUUGGACUCCAAGCUCCAAGGAAAAAUUUGAAUUGUAAAAUCUACGCAAAUUCUUUAAUUGGUGUAGGAGUUGCAUCAAGUUUUUAUCAUGCUUCGAGAGGGAAAAUAAGGAAGUAUCUCAGAUGGGCUGACUACACCAUGAUAGCCACAGCUACAGUGUGCUUAUCAAGAGCAAUUAGAAACGAGAACCCAAAGUUGCUAAUGGCUGCAUCUGCCUUCUUUCUGCCCAUACAGCCUCUGAUGGUCUCAGCUGUACAUACUGGAAUGAUGGAGGUUGCAUUUGCUAAGAGAGCAUUUGAAGAUCCAGAGCUGAGGAUGGCCCAUAAUGUCCAUAAGAUGUCAUCAUUAUUAGGCGGAGCACUUUUUAUUGCCGAUGACCUUUUCCCUGAAACUCCAUUUCUUCAUGCUGGUUGGCACCUUGCUGCUGCUAUUGGUGUAAGCACUUGCAACAAGCUCUUGUAGUAAUUUUCAGACUCCAAACUCAAUUUGCCGAAAAUUCCUUCAUUGCCUGCAUAUAUUUCCCAAUUCCUUGCUAUAGGUGUGAAAAUUCGAGGAUAUUCGGUCAUGCCUUUCCAUAUUGUUUAUGUUCUACCUAUUUAUUAUUAUAAUAUGUAAUUUGGUAAAAGAACACUACUUAAACAUUUAGCAAUUUGUGUUGCCUUGGUUUUAUUUUCGUGUAAUUUGAUUUUUGGAAUGGCAAAUAGUACAACACAUCUUAUCUUGUAAUCAAAUAUCUUGGCAGCUAUUAGAACAUCAUUGUACCAAUUUUCAGGGGAUAACAUUUUGCAUCCUUUGUUUCGUGGAUGUUAAGUGAGGAAAAAACAUUGGAUUAAUUCUUUCUUCCUUCAAUUCUUUGGAUUCAGAUGAUUUCAAUUUUCGGGACAAUGUACUGUGA